AUGAGGCAAUUGCCUGCCUCAGGCUAUACAGAGCAGGGCCCACAUGUUCGUUCACACGGGCCAGUCCUUCUUUCUGUACAGAGUACACAACAAGUCUACAAUAUCAGUGGCACAAUCAGAAAGAUGGCCCAAACUACCCAGCCUUUCUCAACAGUGAAGCCUCAAAACUCACAAAAACCAGCCCAUCCAACAAACACCCCCUUCCAAGAAAAACUCUACUUCCUCUAUGGCACACUAAUGAACCCCUCCACACUAGCAUCCGUCCUCAAACAGCCCGGUCGACUAGAGCUCUAUCCCGCAUAUAUUACAGGUUACCCCAUAAAGCUAUGGGGCGAGUACCCGGCUAUCGUGGAUGAUAUCUCAGACCAGACGAUCCGCGGGGCUACGUCAUCUGAGCUGCAAGUCACUUUUGAAACCAAUGCAGUAUAUGGCCCAAAUGUGUCUGAAUUUGAAGGACACUCCACACUCAAUGCAGUCUGUUAUGGCCCUGUCUGUGCGCCCCCAGGAGAAAAUUGCGAGCAUGCAGUGGCCAAAGGCGACAUGCCAUUGGCCGAGUUUACCUUGAACGAAGGCAAACUCCAAACAGCAAAUGGCAUGUUUCUGGGGAAAUGGGUUAUUUCGAGUCCUCAUCCGCACAAGGCGUUGUAUUACUUCUCCGGAUGCAAAGUACCUUGA